CAGUUGCACGUCCAGAUGUCUCGACCUAAGCCUCCGUUGGUGGUGCUAUCGCUGUGGUUGGUGGUGCUUCUGGGAGUGCUGCUCCACUACCACCCCGCAGAGGCACGAUACGUCGGAUCCUCGCAAUCGAUACCGGAUAUUUGCAAUCAACCUCCUCCCCGAUCCGAUGGCGUUGGCACUAUAGAGUUCGAGGGCUUCUACUACGAUCCAGCAACGUUCGAUUGCCAGAAGUAUUCCAUUGGAUCCCGUCGCCUUAAGCCCGGCCAGAGUUUUGGCAGCUUACAGGACUGUGUUACCACCUGUAUUCGUGGCUUUGGCAGAAACAAAGACAGAUAUGUUAAUGAAUAAACUAAACUGAAAUAAAAUAUAUAAUGAACUGAAA